AUGAAUCAUUAUUAUUAUUUUUUUCUUCUAUUUCAUUAUUAUUUGGCUGUUCAUCUAUGUGAUGCUUUACAAUCAGGUGGUCUAUUAUUCGAUUUUAAUGAUAAUACUCAUGAUCAAUCUUCAAUAAAAGAAUAUUGUGAAACAUUUAUCACAUAUAACCAAGUGGUUACAUUAUUAUCGAGAAACACCUGUGCAUCAAUUGAAAACUCGAAAAAAAAUAAAAACAAAAACGAUCGUAUAGGACGUCAAAUUGACGCGGGAAAUUUCGACAUCAAGGCUUUACAAACGACAGUUAAUGAUCAUCGAACAAUGAUCGAGUACUUAUUCAAUAAUACAAUAAAUGAAACUGUUCUUGCCAAAGCACUUUAUGAUCAUUCACGCAAGGCUCCAUCAUUCACAAGUUGGAGAGAUUUGAUCGACAUCUUUUGUAUUGGUUUAGUACUUAUCAUGCUGGGUGCAGGUAAAACAACAACAUUUCGUAUUGUUGUUGGUGAUUUAAUGUCCACACAAGGCACAGCUUAUAUUGAUGGACAAAAUGUUCAUCGUCGUAUUCGAUCAACAAGUCGUUUAGGUUAUUGUCCACAAGAGAAUUGUGGUAUGGAAUUUUUAACUGUUCAAGAUAGUCUCUAUUUAUUAGCACCAAUACGUGGUAUACGUUGGUCACGUAUAGAAAAGAUUGUUUCACGCAUGAGUUCAUUAUUUUUACUUGAACCAUUUCUUAACAAUUAUAUACAUCAAUUAAAUGGAGAAACAAAGAGAAGUUUACAUGCUGCACUUGCGUUAAUCGGACCACCUUUAGUUGCUACUCUUGAUGAACCAACCACAGGUGUUGAUCUUGAUGCUCGACAAUAA